GCCGGUCCUAUUCAUAAUAAACCGGCCUAGGCAGCGCGGCGCUAUCCCUCUCGGGGAACGUCUGUGUGAGCCUUGCACGAGCCGAUCUUGCCUACCCUAUUCUGUCCCUUCCCAUCACACAUUCGCAGUGCUUCGCACUGCGAUCAUCUAUUAACGUUCUCGUUAAUAGCUGAGAACCCUGAGGCUGAGGAGCUGAGAAAACAGUGAACCUCAGAAUAUUCAACAGUUUCGGCUAAACCUCAAAACGAGCUCCAGUUACCUGUGGGCGCUGUCGUCCAGCAAGCUGGAGCUCCAUCUCUCCUUGUUUGCAGAUGUUUUGAGAGAGAGAGAGAGCAUUCUGAUUUGUAAUUUGUAUGUAGAAGCGGCUGCAUUUUAAGUUGGCCAUUCCCAGGCGGUUUCCUACAGAAGUCUUUUGCUUUUUAGCAGCAAACAUGAGUGGUGCACCCAGUUCAUUGGGCCACAGCCGCGGGCCGAUCUCGCUGGCGCCGCCACCCAGUCGCAAUGCAUUUGUUGACAGCAUGUCAUCCACCAGCGCAUCAAGGCAUGUCAAGCUGAAGUUCCGCUCUUCUCACCCAUCCUCCAGAGCAUUUGCAGCGCAGAUUGCUGUAAUGCAGAAGUGUCAUUCCUGUGGAAGCAUGCUUCCAAAUCCCCUGCUCACACCUCCAUUGACAUUGCGGCGAAAGAGAUACAACCUUAGAUGUAAGGCUCCGAAACAGACCAGAUUGAAGAAAACCACAAGUGGUACAUUAACUAGAGCGGGGAUGGAGCAUGUGGCGUGGACUGAGAAGAAGAAGGCAGUGGUGGUAGGAGGCGGCUGGGCAGGCUUUGGAGCAGCGUACCAGCUAGCACGCUGCGGCUUUGCUGUGACCCUUUUGGACGCGUCCCCCGACCCAGGGGGCCUUAGCGGAGGCUUCCGUACCAGCCAAGGGAGAGCGGUCGAGGCUGGUAUGAAAGGAUUUUGGUAUCAGUAUCACAACAUCUAUCGCCUCGUCGAGGAGCUGAGCAUCCUCCCCCCCUUCACGGAGUGGACCCGCAGCUCGUUCUACUCUCCAGCGGGAAUCCAGGUCGAAGCGCCCGUGUUCCAAGACCUGCCCCGCCUGCCGACGCCCCUUGGGAGCUUCCUCUACACGUCGCCCUACUUUCGAUCACUUCCAAUCGCCGACCGUCUGACCGCCAUCCCGUUAGUACAGGCCCUGGUAGAGUUCGACGUGGACGAGGAGGCAUAUGCUCGCUACGACGCGAUGACCGCAAGGGAGCUGUUCCGAAGCGCGGGCGUCUCGGCGCGGCUGUACCGCGAGUUCCUGGAGCCGAUCUUGCUUGUCACCCUUUUCGCGCCAGGCGAACAGCUGUCCGCUGCCGCCGCUCUAGGUGCCCUUUAUUAUUAUGUGCUCGCACAUCAAGCGGACUUCGACGUGCGGUGGUGCAAGGGUCCCGUCGUCGAGUCGCUCUUCGCCCCAUGGCGGAGAAAGCUGGAGAUUAUGGGCGCUAGGAUUUUGGGAGGCCAGAGAGUGCAGAGGGUGACGGUGGAUGACGUCAGCGGGCGAGCGACGGCCAUCACCGCGAUCGACUCCAACGGUCAGGCGACGACGUUCUCAGCCGACGCCGUCGUUUUUGCGGUGGGCGUGAACGCGAUGCAACGGAUCGUCGCCACGUCACCCCCUCUGGCGGACCGCCCGGAUUUCGCGGGCUUUUCCAACCUGGGGGGGAUUGACGUUCUUGCGGCAAGGCUGUGGCUUGACCGGCGGGUUACUCCGCCAAACCCAUCGAAUGUGUUUUCCGGGUUCGACGCGACGACUGGGGGGACGUUCUUUGACCUGAACGCGUUGCAGGACGAGUACCGGAACGAAGCCGGCAGCGUCAUCGAAGUCGACUUCUACCACGCGAACCAGCUGCUUCCGCUGCCGGAUGACGUCAUCGUGGACCGGGUACUGAACCGGUACCUCGCGGGCUGCGAACCGGGCUUUGGCGGCGCGAAGGUUCUGGACAGCAGCGUGCUCCGAUUCAAGGGCGCUGUCACGCUCUUUGGGCCAGGGUCGCACCAGCACAUGCCCAGUACAAGCACCAGCAUACCCAACCUGUUCAUGGCAGGUGACUGGCUCGCACAGGGCCCGGGCUCCCAUGGGGCACGUGGCCUUUCGCAGGAAAAAGCCUACGUCACGGGGCUCGAAGCAGGGCGCCAAGCGGCCGUUUUGCUCGGCCAGGGGCAAAAUGAGGCCGUGCCGAUUCUAGGGGUUGAAGAAGACGAGCCGCACAUAGCGACGGCAAAAAGUGUAGCGAGGGAAAGCCGGAAACUUGUGAGGGAUUUAGGCUUUCGAUGGCCCUUGCUUUGAGCAUAGAUCUGCACGUGGGCGCCGUAAUCAUUUCCCCCGACCCGACUUCAGAGCAGGCCCGUACAGUGGGUUAAAGAGCAUAUCACUUGCCAGGCGUAAGCUAGCUUGAGCAAUUUGACAUGGCGCACUGGUUGAGAGCUUUAUGUAUUCAGCGUUUCUAGCUAGAUACAAUGUACUACAUCAAAAUUACACGUGCAUGCAUAUGUA